UUUGCUGGUAGGUUGUCUUUGUCUCCGGUCUACUCUUCUGAGUUCCUGGGAUUGUGUUCCCUUCCAGGUUGCAGGUUUAAGGAUGUUAGAAGAAAUCUUCAGAAAGAUAUAGAAGAACUGAAGAACUCUGGGAUCCAGGAUGUAUUUGUGCUUUGUACCAGAGGAGAGCUCUUAAAAUACCGAGUACCGAACCUCAUAGACACCUACCAACAGCACGGCAUCUGUGUGCACCACUAUCCUAUUCCUGACGGGGACGUUCCUGAUGUUGCCAGGUGCUGCAAAAUUCUGGAGGAGCUCAGAAGCUGCCUGGAAAGUAACCGGAAAACAAUCGUACACUGUUACGGUGGCCUCGGACGCUCAUGUCUCAUAGCUGCGUGUCUCCUGCUUCAGCUUUCGGACGCGCUGGCACCUCAGCAAGUGAUAGACAUCCUCAGAAACUUGAGAGGAGCUGGGGCGAUACAGACCAUCAAGCAAUACAAUUACCUCCAUGACUUCCGAGAGAACCUAGCCGCGCACCUGGCAACCAAGGACACUGUAUUAAGAUCGGUAUCACGAUAA